AUGUGUAGGUUUUUAACAUAUCAUUAUAUUUUAAUAUUUUGCAUUAUUAUUAAGAAUGUAUUUUCUUUUCAACCAAGCCAAAAGGUCAGAAUUUAUCAUGUUAAUAAAAUACAUUCGAACAAUUCUAUAAAUUUGAACAAAACAAAUAUCAGUAGUAAUGUAAAAACAUAUUAUUCCUUAAGAAAAAAUAAUAUAAUAAAUUUUAGAAAAAGGAAAAUACUAGCAUAUGCCACCUUAAAAAAUCAAAUCAAUAACAUAAUUCAUGGAGAAACGGAUGUAACUAUUUUCGACAAGUUAUUAGCAUCCAUAAGUUACAUUCUUCCGACAAUCGAUGCCAUUCAGGCGUUUGUUAUGCCCUUGGUAAAUAUACUACCAAUAUGGACUCACAAAUAUUUAUUUCAAAUUGAAAGGAUAAAUCAGAUUUACUCUUCCAUCCCCUUUAUGUCUUUUAUUACAUUUAUGGGUUUAUACUUUUUAUUUGUUAAAGAAAAUAAGUUUAAAUUCCACUAUUUUAUUAGAUAUCAUCAUAUGCAAAGUUUGAUAUUGUCCAUGUUUGGAUAUGCACUGUCCUUAUUUUAUUUCCGAGUAUUUCCCUACUCCUAUAAUGACACAGAUAUUUUUAACUUAACCAUUUUAUAUUCUACUAUGGCUAUAUAUUUUGGUUCCUUAAUCAUUCCCUUCUUCUCAUCAUUACUUGGAUACUACAUAGAAAUACCCGUUUUGUCAGAAGCUAUUAAAUUACACAUAGGAGAAAAAAAAAAUCAAAAAGAAGAUUUAUAA